GAAGCCAGUCACAAUCCAGAGUUCAAGUGAAGCAGCAGUAAUAGUUAUAGAAGCAACAGUACCAGCAGCAACAUCAGUAGUUCCCGCAGCAAUAUCAUCAGUUGCAGCAGUUACAUCCGCACCAGCAGCAGCAAUAAAUCUUAAAAGCAAGGUGUUAAGUGAAUUUCUUAUCGAGUCAGGUGUAAACUAGUGCGAAAAUGUCGCAAUCUGAUAACGCGGCACGUGAGCAAACUGCGGCAAAUCCUGUGCCCGAGGCAUGUCAAGGUUGCCGCGGCCAACUGCCACGAACUACGCCCGUGGAAGUAGAGGACAUGGUCGCCACCCCGUCGCUGGAGAAUCUCAUCCGCAAGGCCAAUAUGGCUCAGAAAAUGCUGAACGAUGUAAUGAAGCAAAUUCAGAAGGAGCAGGAAUCUCAGGACUCUACCAAGAAGACCAAGUCCAAGCACCGAAGUUCCAAAGGAGGUAAAAGUCGACACAGGGGACCCAAACAUGGUCGCCACCAUCACUCUAGCUCCUCUUCCAGUUCCAGUUCCGGCAACAGUGACUGCGAGCUGAUUCUCGCCGAGAAGGAAGAGAUCAUGCCCAGGAGGAGACACAUUCGGGAGGAUCGCAAGCGGGAUCGCUCCAGGUCCCGCGGUCGCUCCCGUGGUCACUCGCGUGGUCGUUCUCAUGGGCGUUCUCGUUCCAGGUCCUACACCGACUCCCGACGAUCCCGAGCACUGCCCCUGGCUCUGCCCGUUCGGAUUUCAGUGUGAGUACCUGGCUUCUUUCAGUAUUAUUCAUUAUAUCAUAUUACCUCUUAAGUGUGCACAUACAAAAAUCCAAAAAAAAUAAAAA